CAAAACCAAGCCAUUGGACCCCAAAUUCCUCAUUUGAGCAAACCCAAGCUUUCAGACCCCCAAAAUCCCCAUUUGAGCAAAACCAAGCCAUCAGACCUCAAAAUUCCCUAUUUGAAAAAAAACCCAGCUGUCAGACCCCCAAAAUCCCCAUUUGAGCAAAUACAAGCUGUCGGACCCCCAAAAAUCCCUAUUUGUGCAAAACCAAGACAUCAGACCCCAAAAUCCCCAUUUGAAAAAAGAAAAAAAAAACCAAACAGGCAGUCAGACCCCAAAUCCCCAUUUGAGCAAAACCAAGCCAUCAGACCCCCAAAUCCCUAUUAGUGCAAAAACAAGCUGUCAGACCCCAAAAUCCCCGUCUGAGGACGUGGGGUUCAUCUCCACCCCGACGGGCAGAAAGAGUUAAGAUCCCGUGGGCGCAGGCCAGCGGUGGCCAAUCACACCGAGCAAAGUGCAGCGCUUGGCCCCAGCCCAGCAGCAGGUUGCUCUCCGCAGGUAUUAUUUGGGUUUUUUUCCCAGGAUACUAAGCAGGGAAGACGAUGAACCUCAACACCUGCAGAGGACAGGGAGCUGGAGGAUGCACCCCUGGGCUGACCAGUGCCACUGACCUGUGCCUCCACCUCACCUCUGCGCUGCCAUGGCCACGCUAGAGACGCUGCCCGUUCUUAGUGACCCAACCUACCCCAGCCCGGAGAACUUCCACAGUUUUGCUCCCCGGCCAUCCCAACCCGUCUCCCAGAGCACCAUGGGGAGCGUGGGCAGCGGAGUUGCCAAUGACCAAGAGUUCGCCAUGAAGAGCGUGGGGACCCGGACGCAGAGCAGUGGCCGGCAGACAGAGGGGUCUCGCAACGGGUACUCCACACGGGAGAUCUCCAACCGCUACUCCGGCGAGGAGAAGACAUACAAGUCGGAGAAGGUCUCCAAUUCCCUCUACAUCAACGGCGACCUGCGCAAGAGCGAGAAGGUGAAGAUGGACAUCUGUGGGAACGUGACCACCAACAACGAGAAGAACAUGCCACCUCCUCCCCAAUACCGAGAGCCCAGUAACCCACCAAAGAUAUUGCCAAUCUCCGGCAAACUAGACCAGAGCAAUGAGCCCUUAGUUAGACCCUCAGCCUUUAAACCAGUAGUUCCUAAAAACUUCCAUUCCAUGCAGAACCUCUGCCCGCCGCAGAGCAACGGAGUGACAGAGAAUAGAAAGAGCUUGAACCAUGCCAACAGCAAUAGCCCGUCCGCACCGAAAAGUGGACUCGACAAGAGCAGCCUUAACAGGACUACAAACCAAGUGGGGGGCCUUUCGGAUUCAGGCCGUAACUCGUUAACGAGCCUGCCCACGUACGGGACAGGCUACAGCCAGCAUGUGGGUCCAAUGAGCGCCUCCACGAGCCACAUCAACCGCAUCGGUACCACUUACGUGGACAAGAACAUCGUGGGAUACAACGGGAUAUCUACCUCAGACAGCGGGCGGUCUUCGAGCAAGAGCACCUCUUCGUUCAACAGACUGAACCAUCUCAACGAAACGAUGCCUUUCCACUCGCCUUCAACAGACGACAUCAUCCAAGACCUGGAAGACCGGCUGUGGGAGAAGGAGCAGGAGGUCCUCCAGAUGCGAAGGAACUUGGACAAAAGCGAGGCAGCCAUCUUCCAAGUAUUCGAGGAGAAGCAGAAGAUCUGGGAGAGGGAAAUGGAGGACCUGAGGCAAAACUAUGCCAACAAAUUGCAACAGGUCUCCAAAAAGGCGCAGCGGGCUCAGCAGGCCUUGCAGCUCCAAAUCUUCAAGCUCCAGCAGGAGAAAAAAAAACUCCAAGACGAUAUGGGACAACUCCUCCAGCAACGAGAGGAGCUGGAGAAGAAAUUUGUGGCUUUCAAGAAGGAGCAGGCUGAGUUUCUCCCAAAGAUUGAAGAGACCAAGUGGGAGGUGUGCCAGAAGGCAGGUGAGAUCUCCCUGCUCAAACAGCAGCUGAAGGACUCCCAAGCAGAUGUCUCCCAGAAGCUGAACGAGAUCGUGGGACUGCGGACGCAGCUCAAGGAAGGUAAGAACUUCCUACGGGAGAAGGAGGAGCAGAUCCUCACCCUGAAGGACUCCUACAGUUCCAAGAGUGUCAACCUGGAGAUUUGUGAGAGUGAGCUGCAGCGGAAGAUGAGCGAGGUCCAGGUGCUGAGGGAAAAACUGAACCACUGUGAGCUGGAGGUCUCCGGCCUGAAGCGGACACUUGCCAGCAUGGGACCUCCAGGACCUUUUGGUGGGGAGCUCGGUGAGAAGCUGCGGGACCCGCUGGCCUGCGAGAGCGACGAAGCCAAGAUGCAGCGGCAGAGCGAGGACAGCGUCAACACACUGCGGAAGGAGGUGGAGCGGCUCCAGACGGAGCUGAAGUUGGAGCGGCAGCAGCGGGAGCAGCAGGUGAUGGACUUCGAGGAGGAGCGGCGCACGUGGCAAGAAGAGAAGGAGAAAGUCAUCAAGUACCAGAAGCAGCUGCAACUGAACUAUGUGGAGAUGUACCAGAAGAACCAGCUCCUGGAGCACAAGGUGAAUGAAAUGAACACGAAGGCCACCAGUCCCCCGCACACCGAGGAGAAAAAAACAUGGACUCCCUCCAGACUCGAGCGAAUAGAGUCCACCGAGAUCUGAGGUGGGACCAAGACAAUACAACGUAAUUUUUUUAUUGCUGUGCAUGUACUACCUACUCAAGCCAGUGAUCUUCCGAAGGAUAAUACGCUACCGUGGGAGCGGCGUGAGUCUGCUCGCACCAAGCUCCAUCACCCUUACUCUAUACUUCUGUGCUCUGUAGGUAAAAUAACUGUGGAUGUGCGUUGUUUUCCUAUCGAUAAUGCGACAUCUCUUUUGGUUUUUUUUCUAGUACAGCUGGUGAGGGUCAAUUGGCUCUUUUGUAAUCUGCCGUGACUGUUACUUCAUUAGAGGCUGCCAUCCCCUCUCCUACAAUUCAUCCCUCUUCGGUUGGUUGUUUUGGAGGGUUGUAUUUGGUUUCUUUGGUUUUUGAAGCAUUUACGUGCAGCAAAACAGUUCAAAGUGGCAGGUUUUUUUCAGGGCAUUUUUAGCCACAUUGGCUAAUGGAGCAAAGCUCUCGGGAUUAUGAGCAAACUCACUGUUCUGCAUCAAGUAUCCUGUCUAGACGGUGGUCUUAGUGAAGUCAGUGGGAGGUUGGCCACUGAUUUCAGUGAAACCAGACAUAUCUCUACCAGAUGACUCCCUCUUGCCAGCCCACGGCUACCACGGUUGCAAGAGGUUAAGACAUCCCUGAGGAGCAGGAUGAGCCUGUUCUGGUAACAUAAGCCAACAAGGAAUGAUUGCCCAGCAGGAGCCCCUUUGGAGGCUCAGCAGAGCUUAACAUAUGCUGCGUUUUCAUUUCAUUGUGGUUUCCUUCUGCAGUUCCAUUUCUCUCCUGGGUUGUGGCCAACCUGGGAGCAGAAACACCCUCCCACCUCCACCUCGGUCCCCCUAUUCCUACCAUAUACUCAAGCUGGCUACAGCAAGAAAAAAACUUGGAAAUCCAAGCUAGUUUGCCUUCCCAAGAGCCCUCUUACUUCCCAAAGUCAAUGGAAUCAAGGUUUGGGGAAGCCUCCAAACCUGAGGGAUGUUUAUGCAAACUGAAGCUUUAGCAAUUUGCCCCAACAAUGAGCAAUUGUGCUACCCCAUUCCCAAACCAGUGAUGCUUUGGUGCGCUCUCUUGGUCCAGGGUCUACUUAAAAAAUGGCAUCCGAGCCUCACUCAGGAGUUGCAGUGAGCACACAUCAGCAUUACCGCUAGAUUGCAACGGGGUGAGCGUUAGCCUUCAGUACAGCCAUUUCAGACAGCACCCAUAGCAAUCCCACGUGGCACCACAUAUUCAAGGGACACAGAUAACGCAGGCCUAGCUUACGAAAAUAUUCAGCUACUAACUCUGAGCAUGAAAGCAGUCAUAAGAAGGGAAAAUACUUAAGAUCACACAAGUGCUUAUGCCUUGGCAGAAUAAUAACCAAAUCCUAUAGGCACAUCACUGAGAAUGGUGCAGGCAUCAAAAACCAGCAUUCAGCUUGAAAAGGUGGGCAAAGUGGGUUUGAUUCUCCCUUUCAUGAACACUUUUUUACCAUGAUUCACAGUAAAGAGAAAAAAAAAAUGUUGCAAAGUGGAGUCUGCACUGACUGGGCACGGGCCGAAGGAUCAACGCAAGUGGGAAUUUCAGCUCUUUGUCCUAGAGAGCAGCUAGAAUAACAAAGCUAGAAUUAGCACUGCGACGUCUUGGAAUGUCUGUGAGGUGACUCCAGGGAGAGUUUGGCCAGAUCACAUUUCAUGUGCAUAGCAAGGGAGAACCUCAGGAUGUUGAGGGGCUGAAGACCUUCCAAACAAAAGCCCUGAAGCUACAAAUUUUCCACGUUCCCUUCCCCAAAAGCUCCCCCUCUCCAUCACCAGGUCUGACCUUCAAGUUGGGAACAGAUGUUGUGGUGAGCUCCAGACUGAGCAAAAAAGCUGAGCAGGAGAGAGGAGACUUCAGUUAGUCCCACCAACCUCCAGCCAAGGUCAACAGACAGCAUUACUGGGCAGGAACUGUUGGUGGCUGGCAGUGAUCCCUGGAGCCCCAGAAAAUGGAGAUGUGCGAUGAGACCGGAGCAUUUCAAGGUCCCAGUUGAUGGUACCUGUCUUUUCCCACUGCUUCUGCCUGUGCCUUUGGAGCUGGAGGAAGACACAACCCGUCAGUCUGGAAAACACCAGGGCAGCUCAGGCUAAGCCCCUCUCCCAGGACCAGCCAUAGAAAGGGGGACUAGAUUAGGUCUGACCCCUGAAGGGUGUGGAGGAGUGUCCCACUACGAAUCCUGCAGGUGCUCCAGCACUCUUGCACAUCAGCCCGUGCACACCACCGAGGAAGGAGUGCAGCUGCCUGCUGGUGCCACCCAGCAGCAGACUUUGCCAUGCCAAGGGAGACACCCACAUGCACUGCACAAACUUACACUUGGCCAGGCAAACCCUAGAGCUUCCUCCAUUUCAUACAUUGGGCCUUCGAGAUGGAGCCAAACAUCCCACAGUGUCGGGGAUUGGAGAUCUGGUGUCCUCUGUCAUCUUGUCUUUCUGUGCUUCUCUUUUCACAUCAGAUAAACCCACAACCCACUCCUUCCCAAAGCAGUUGUGAGGCAUCUGUGCUUCUGAAGGGCUUUGCAGCCCUUGGACAAAAGGGCAAAGCAUAGAGAAAUGGCAAGAGGCUUAGACUCAGAUGGUCAUAUGGUGGUUUUGAGGCCACCACGUGACAAGCAAACCCAACAGCAAGUGUCCUCACCACAAGAUGGGUCCAAUAACCUGGAGGGUCAUUUCCACCUUUGCUCCUCCUGGCCCCACUGAUGUUCAGGUUGGUUUCCCACUAACCAUCGCAGAAACCAGCCUUUCAGUUGGUGGCUCAAGAACACCCAGAGUGAUUGAGUUUCAAGGAUCUGCUGUUGUGGAGGUGUACACCGCAAUUCCCCACUGUGUUAACACUCAAGAGGAAUGGACACCGGCAUCACCCUGUGGGACACCUUCUCACCAGAGCUCCUUGCUAAUCCACAGGCAGGAGAAGAAGGGGCUUGUCUGGCCUCCCCACAUACCUAGAUCCAGCCAGCAGCAGUCAGUCAAGCCCUCCAGCGUGCCAGGUUUGCUCCGUCAUCUUUUUCCUAGAUCUUUUUUGCAGUGGUGCCAGGAAUGAGUGUGUCUUGAGGGACCCAGUGAAACCUGGAGGCAUAGGGGUUUGUCUGACUGCUGGAGGGUGCUGGACUGCCCAGGGACUCAAUGGCCUCACAGUGCAUCCAUCAGGGACUGCAGAGCUCCUUGGUAUGGAGCAGGAGCGGCAAGGAGAAUUUUCACCUUGGAGAAGGAAAGGUACACUUGCUUCGCCGCCUUCUUCGCUGCAUCACUUUGAUCAAGAGUUGCGUUCCAGAUCUGAGCAACCUCAAUUGAGGCCAUUACCUGGAUGACAGAGAGCCUUGCAGACGCCUGUUAAGAUGCUGUGCUGCUGGUGGUGGUUUUCCCUCUCUUGGGAUUUGCCCACCAUCCCCCAAGAACUCAGAUGUCCUGCAGAAACCACCCGCCUAUGCCAUGGUGACGUAAAAACCAAAUGUUUUUGGCAAGUGCCCCAGCCAAACUGCCAUGAAGGAUUCCUGUUCUUCAGGAAUCCUCCCCACAACUGGAUGCACUGCUGCCCAUCACGUCCUCUCCCAUGUGCUUGCACUGCGUGGCCACAUGGUGGUAACCCAUCUCUCUUGCAGGUGACUGCUCUUUGCUCAGCAGAGAUGGAGCAAAAUGAUGGUGGGACACCUGUGUUGCUGUUGUUUGUGCUCAGAUCUGGCCCAGAUGGGAGCUCACCUCGCUUUUUCCAGAAUUUAACACUUUUACCCACUGACUGGAUGAAGUCUCCCAUCAUAAGCUAGGUCUGCGUUGAGGCCCUGGAGUCUUAGCGUUGGACUAAGAUAGCCAAGGGGUGCCAGACUGGUGUUUUGAUGACAUAUCCAGGGAAUGGCCAAGAAGACUGACAUCUUGCCUCUUGGAGGCUCAGGCAGGGCUAAUAAAAUGUUUCUGCCCCAUGAAACUCAACACAGAGUUUGGGUUUGAUCAUAACCCAGCUGUCCCCUCCGCCUGUGCUCAGCCAGCUCUGGAGCUGAUGGGAUUCAGUGUAACGUACCGGCUGACAUGUGAUUCUCCAAGUACUGCGCUCAAAAUCCUGCACAUGGUUAGUGUCUCUCCUGAAACAACAAGUCAUCUCUAACUUGCCAUCGGCAAAAUGCCGUGGUCACGAGGGUCUCAGGUCAGUUACCCACACCUGGGGUCUGGAGACAUUAGAGAAGCUCUGGGAUACCUGACACAUGGGGCUGGCCAAUAUGAUCCAAGACCUAUGGGAGAGCCAGGCCAGUGGUGGGAAGACCUGCAGCACCUCUAGCGGCACAUCACCCUCGUGCAGGCAACUGAGUCAUGCUCCAGGCAUAUCCACAUGGCCAUUAUAUGAGCAAAGAGAGGACACUGAUCAGCUCCAGCAAUUUCCAUCCAUAAGGAUUUGGACUAAGCAGGCUAUCCUGCCAGGGAAGGUCUAAGCAGCCCCUUUUACCACCUGCUGUGAGUUGGGCUGCUUUGUUCCACCAUCAUUUCAAGGUUGGUUGCUGUUGCUGUAAGAUGCUGACCCAGCUGAGCUAGUUCCCUUCACGUAGCCAGCACUCCUAUCUCACCCUGAGGGUGAACACCACAACCAUUGCACGUUGUUGUGCUUCACACAGUCCCACUUAGCUUCUGCCACCGUCUCGUGGCAGCCAGCUGCACUGUUCCUGCUGUCACUGGCAUCAUGCCGGAGGGAGAUCACCUCAGGGUUUCCGCACUCAAGAUAGGAAUCGAAUUGUUGCUCUUAUGCUGCUACGUUAUGCGGAGACAAGUGUACUUGGAUGUAAAUAACAGCCCAGCUCUGUAUAUACAAUGAUUAAAUGAAGAGACAAGAAAGCUCUGUGGCUUCUAUAUUGCUGAGCGGGACUGACAGUAGCAGCAGAUACUGCAUUUGAGCGCUGAGUGCUACACGGAGGGUGCUCAGCACCCCCUGAGCUUUUGCUGGCUGCAGUGGAAAUGGGGGGGGCUCAGCACCUCCCAGGAAGGCAAUCCACUUGGGAUUGCCUCUGACAGAACAGCCUGGUGUCACUCUGUCCUGCUUUGAUGCUUGCUGUCAUCCUGAGCCAGGAUUUGCAAUUGUCCCCUGGUUAAGGUUGAAGUCCCCUCUGCCCAUCCUCAUCCUCCUGUCGCACCAAAACCCCUUGCAGACAGUGGCUCCCAGCGGUGUCCGCCCUUGAGCCCUGCUGCCCAUGAGUUCUGCCCAUGGAAAGGACCAACCCACCCCACUCCUGCCCCUUGCAGUGGCACUUUAUACCUUGCUCAAGACGGCGAGCCCAUGAGCAACAUGACCAAAGAUCUCUGGAGGGUGUUGGGCUGCAUGCUGGGAGCUGCCUCCUGGCUUUCCAAGGGAGGGAUUAGGCUCGUGUGAGCUGGAAAAGGGGAAUGAGAGCUGGCAGGGGACAGGAGAGGGCUUGGAUUUCCCUGUGUCCCACCUGGGAAUGUCUGCAGGUCCAUGAGGGACCCUCCCUGUGCUAGAUAGGACUGGAUAGAAAGGAGUUCCUGGGUGACCUGAUUGUCCCCAGUUGGUUACACCAGUAUCCUCCAUGGCUGCGCCAGCUAGCUCCACACAUUGCCCAGGGAGAGUGUGGACCAGGGUCUGUUCCCAGGAGGCAGGAUGGGUGCAAUUCCCCUAUUUUCUUGGGGAGAAGAGAGGAUGCAUGCCAAGCCAUUACACUUGUCUUCAGGGCGACAGGUCUCCUCUAGUUUAGCAGCAGACGUUGCUACAGGGUCCAGUCAAAGCCUUGUUCUGGCUCAGUGUGAAUUGCCCAGGAAAAUGUGUAUCCUGAGAGCUGUGGUCCUGCUGGCUGCCCCCUUGGUGUCCUCUCCCCAGGGCGUCCUCAGCACCUUCCUUACCACAGAACCAUCUUCCGAGGUGAGGGCACCGUGGUCUUUGCUUCUCCUGCUUCGGGUGCUGAAGGCAUCUCUGCCCACCUAAGCUCCAUGAAGGCUCCUGAUCCUGGUCCCAGCCUUGGCAAGUGGAGCACGGGCCAGUGGGAGAUCUGUGCUCCUCCACCCACAGUGCUCCUGUGGAUGGGUGCUCAGGUGGGUCUGCACCUUGGGCACACGCCUCUUUACCGUGCCUCUGCUCCCCAGCUGUGCUAAGCCUUCUACACUCCAUUCCUGCUAAGACCACGAAAGCCUGCUGACAUGCAGUGACAGCCCUCACUUCUGUCCUGAAUGGGAGCAGGUCCAACUCGCCAUUAUUUUAAUGGAACCCUUCAGCCUAAGCCUUGAAAGCCACUUUAUAGAGUUACUUUUCAUCAAGACCCUUUGCUGAGGAUCUUCUCAUCAUGUUGCGUGUGCCCUCCCAUUCCUCUGCCCCAGCUCUCCAGACUCUCCUGCCUCCUUUUAGAUCAUCACCAUCCCCGUUGUCCCAGGAGCAGUCAGUGUCUCUCCCAGAACUCUCCCAGAUACGUCUCAACGAGCCGGAGCUGAAGCCCAAAGCCCCCGCUGAGAGUGGCAUGUCCUGACCCUGCCCUCAGAGGAGCUUUCUAGACUACUGAUCCUCACGUCUUCUCUCCGUCGUUCCUGCAACGGCUAGAUCGGCACUGCUUUACCUCCAAGAACAGUCUUGCUUCUUGCUGAAGAACAUUCAAUUACUUGAGAUCAUUGCAUGGGGCUUCACACCGUCGCACCACCACACCCAGCCAGCUCUGGGGCUUCCCUGGUCCUUCCACCCUCUGAAAAGACAGGGGUGUGAGGGGUGUAUAUGUAUCCCUGGUCUGUAGGGGCACGCAGCACCCAUGCCACCUGGUCCCCAGUGUAUCGAGUGGUUGGGAUCACAUCCAGCUGUUUGCAGAUGUUGGCUUCCCAAUAGGAUGUUCCAUGCUGGCAGUGCAACUGCCGGCAACACCAGAAACGGGCUUCUGCAUUUUCAGGAUAAGCCUCCUCCCUGGUUCUCCCAAUGAAGGGGAUCAGGUCAGCUGUGGAGCCUGGGACAAGCUCUGACACACAGGGUUGUGUUUUCACGGCUCUUUUACAGAUCUGUUUUCUCAGGCAGAAAGUCUCUGCUUUCUGUCACAAAGCAAUAGGUUUUUCUAGAGUGAUUCAAAAGGGACUAUUCCCAACUCUGAUAACUGCAGGCAAGCCAAUGUCCCCUUGAAUACCUUCAUAGCUCCAGCCCUGGGCUCUCCUCCUUCAGAAAGGGAUGCAAGGUCCAGUAUGGCUUCAAAUAAUCACCAAUGGUUUGAGCUUGGUGGUUCCCAUUUGUCUGGAGAGCCCAAAGCUGUCCAUAUCCAGUCUGGGUCCCCAGGAGGUAUGGUCCAUCCCCCUCUGGUGCCCGUCCCGUGACUCUUACUGGGACCCUGCAGCAGGUCUUCUCCAUUAGCUCACCCACGUGGGAACCGCUUGGUCCCCUGGGGCAUGUGAGCUCACAGAGUCACGUUCUGUGACAGCCAGACACUAGUGGGAGACCAUGGCCUGGCUCUGCCAUUCCUGAAGAGCCAGGCUGUCCUAGGAGCACUCUCAGAGGAGAAGGUCCCCUUUGCUGCAUCGGUGGCACGUGGGUUCCCUUCCAGUGGCUGAAGAGAGCAAAACGUGCGCAGGCAGUGCUCCACCACCGGUGCAGAAGUGUUCCACCACCGGUGUAAAAAAAUGCUGCACAACCGGCCAAUGUGUCUAUGCAGUCCCUUUCCACGCAGCGGUGUCCCCGCAGAGCCCAGCCCAGGGCUGGAGCUCCUCCAAGGUGUCUUCGUUUGCACUCACUCGGACCUGGUAAACGCUGUGAGCCGAGAGGAAUCCCUCUUGGUCUUUGCCUUGCACCGGGCAGUACGCUUGUGAGGGUUUCCUCAUCCUAAAUCGAUGCACGUCGCUUCGUCGCCUGUCUUCUGCGUCUGUUCUCCAGCAGAUCAAUAGGUAUCCCCCCAAAACCCAGCUCCCCGAUGGGAGAACGUCAGGUUGGGCCAGCCGGCAACCCCGAGCAAGCCUGCUGUCUGAUUUCACCAGCAAUAAAAGCCCCGUGGAGGAGCGACCAGAGCUCUCUGCUGCCGCUCCACUGCCGGGUGAGCUGCAGGCCGUGUCUGUGUGUAGGACCUCUGCAUUAGACCCUUCGUCCAACGUUUUGGACCUACCCGACUGUAAAUUCAAUCCCAGCCUUGUGCUUUCUUUCCUCUUGUUUGUUUCUUGACGCCUCGGUCUCUCUCUGCUCUUACUGUGAAUUCAAACCAGAAGUGUUCUGAACUCGACUCCGUUACUGUUUUGUUUCUGCGUUGACUGUUGCUGGUUCUCUGAACUGCGUUUAAUGAGACUUUGCAAAAAAAAAUUAAAAAAAAAAAUUAAAAAAUUAUAUAUAUAUAUAUAUAUAUACACACUUAAAAAAUAAAAUAUUUAAAAAAUAACUCCAUAAAGUUGGGUGUCUCUCCUGUCCACCGGUCACUUCCAAACACCACUGUCUUGACCUUGCCUCUGGUCAGUGUAUUUAAAGACAAGGGGUUGCAAAAGAAAGAGAUAAAACGCAGCAUUCUGGGAUUUUUGUACAGCAAAGGUGUAUCCGUUUUGGCAAUUCUCGUUAAAACUAUACCACACUUCCCAAUCUACUGCUAGUCUGUUGUAUGUUUCCAUUGGGUUAUCAAGAUGUGAAGAGCUACUGCCUUUGCGAUUUUCUACGGUGAAUAUAUAAAUAUCUGUACAGAGGUAUGUAUAUAUAUAAAUAUAUAUGAAGAUCUAUAUGUAUACGUAUCUCUCUCUCUCCUAUCUCUACCUGACUGUGAAGGAUUUUUAUUGGGCAAAAUAAAAUGGAGAAAGGCCCCGUUUUAAAAACC